AUAAAACAAAAAAUUCUCUAUUUGCAUACAUGGCAAAUUGUUGUCGAUGUUUUAACUUUUAUUUUAGUUAAACGCAAAAGUUCUGACCCAGUUAAAUAAAAAGAAGUUAAAUUCUUUAAUGAUAAACACGUUAACAGUUUUACGGUGAUUAGUAACAAACGAUAUUCAAGAAAUGUCUGGAGAAACGAACCAAAAAGUUGCUUUUAUUACCGGUAUAUCUGGUCAGGAUGGUUCUUAUUUAGCAGAAUUUUUAUUAUCGAAGAGUUACAUAGUUCAUGGAAUAAUUCGUCGAGCAAGUACUUUUAACACAUCUAGAAUAAAUCAUUUAUACGCUGACCAAUACCUUCAUAGAGGUGGCCAAAUGCAUUUACAUUAUGGAGAUAUGACAGAUUCGAGUUGUUUAGUAAAACUUAUAUCGACAAUAAAACCUGAUGAAAUUUACAAUUUAGCUGCACAAAGUCAUGUGAAAGUAUCGUUUGAUCUUAGUGAAUACACAGCGGAAGUAGAUGCCGUUGGUACUUUAAGAUUGUUAGACGCAAUUAGGACCUGCGGUUUAGAAAAGACCGUUAAGUUUUAUCAAGCUUCCACUUCGGAAUUGUAUGGAAAAGUCGCCGAGAUUCCUCAAAAAGAAACAACACCUUUUUAUCCUAGAUCACCUUAUGGUAACGCUUGCGCAAAAUUAUAUGCUUAUUGGAUUGUGGUUAAUUACAGGGAAGCUUAUAAUAUGUUUGCGUGUAAUGGGAUUCUUUUUAAUCAUGAAAGUCCGAGAAGAGGAGAAACUUUUGUUACUAGAAAAAUUACCAGAGGUGUUGCAAAAAUUUAUUUAGGACAAGCGGAAGUUAUCGAACUUGGUAAUUUGGAUUCUAAAAGAGAUUGGGGGCACGCAAAAGAUUAUGUAGAAGCAAUGUGGUUAAUGUUACAACAAGAAAAUCCAGAAGAUUUUGUAAUCGCUUCUGGAGAAACGCACAGUGUAAGAGAAUUUAUUGAAGCAUCUUUUGGAUACAUUGGAAAAGAAAUAAUUUGGGAAGGAAGAGGCCUUGAUGAAGUUGGAAAAGAAAAGGAUACCGGUAUUGUAAGAGUUAAAAUUAAUCCUCGUUAUUUUCGACCAACUGAAGUGGACUUGUUAUUAGGUGAUGCAACAAAAGCGUUAAAUAAAUUCGGGUGGAAACCAACGGUAACAUUUCCGGAACUCGUUAAAGAUAUGAUGGCAGCUGAUAUUGAUUUAAUGAAAAAAAAUCCAUCCGCAUAAAUCUUUUCGAAUAUUCAAUAUUCAUUCCUUUUGCCAGUUAUAUUUUUGUUUCUGUUUAUAGUUUUUAUUAUCUAAAUGUAAUAUUUUAUUAUUAUUUUAAUUUGAAAUAAAAAGCAAUAUUAUUUAAUUACACUCAUGAAUAUAAAUCCCUAAAAAGCUCAAGUUUGUAGCCACUAACAAUUAUUGAUGUAGAUGGAAACAUCAAUUAUUACAUCAGGUUUAAUGCCUGAUUUGAACAAAAGUUUAAGCCUUUGAACUAUUUCGUCCAUUUAUUCUGUUACGUUCUACAGAGCCCUCACUAUUGGUAUGUCUAGGAUUCUAUGCAGUAGCUUAAGUUCUGACAACUGUGCCAAUUUACUAAUAAAUCUUUUAUAUCAACACUA